CGGCCCCUGCCCGCAGUCUCGCUAGAGCGCUUUCAAUACUCUAACGUCAUUUUUCAACAAAAUGGAUAGCAAUUCGAAUAAUUCAAACUCCUGCGAAAUGUAUUGGCCAAAAAUAAAAGAGGAAGAGUCAGAUAAUGAGGGUAGAAAAGAUAGUAAUGGAAGUAAAAUGUUGUGGACUACGGAAAAUACGUUGAAACUUAUAGAAACAUUGGAGAAGGAGUGUCAAGAACUCUGGGAUUGUAAAAACAUGUUAAAUAGAGAUCGGAAUGCAAGGAACGCUAAGCAUCAGUAUUUGGCUAAUAUGUUUGGUACGACCGUCGAAGAAAUUUCAAGAAAAAUACACAAUUUGCGAACGCAAUUGAACAACGAAUUAAGGAAAAUAAAAAGGCGGCAAUCGACGUCAUUUACGGGAGAAGGGAGUUUGCAGGGGGGGAGUGGCUGGGAGUACUUCGAUGCUCUCUCCUUCCUUAUACCACCGCCCUCUAGCGAUCCUUUCGAACAAGUUGGUGGAGUAAAUUUAGCGAUUUUAAUAAUGUAUCGAAAAUCAAAACAAAGCGUUGAAGAGAGACUACUUAAAAAACGAUUGGCAGAACGGAAAAGAUAUGCUCUGAUAAAGAGCGACCCACACAGAUACGAAUUACAAAGAAUAAAAGAAAGACAGAAAUAUUUAAAACAAAGAGCGGAAAAGAAAAGACUGACCAUAAACGAGAUGACACCAGCUCAAAAGAGAAAUCAACGGAAGAAGUGGAAAGUAUAUGAACGAAAACGCAGGGCGGCCAGAAAAGCAGCGGAGAAUUUUGAAUCGACCGACGAGGAAAUACCAUCGGAAUGUGAAAUCGAAAUUCCGGAAACAUCCGGGGGCGCGGUUUUGAGUUCCUUUAUUAUGAAGUUUGAAGAAGACACACAAACUGAUUCGUUCACCACUGUCGGAUCAGAUAAUUUGCUGGCGGAGUUUCAAGCGAAUGAAGAAGAAGAAUUUGGUAUCGCAGCUCGGGCCCUAAAAAAGGCUGAGUCCACUACCCCGACGUUGACGAUCCGGGCAGUUGGCAAGCAGUCCAGGGUGCCGGCAUCGAUACCUCCGCCGCUCCCGCCCAGUGCACACCCUCUGAUGUGGCCAGAGGAGCCCGUACCCAGACUCCGACCUGGAAUCAAUGCAGAUGAAUGUCAGAUAUUUGGAGAUUUUGUAGCAUCAGAACUCCGUAUACUUCGCUCUGACGAGUCCCGAAAGCGACUGAAGAGAAUUAUCCAGAAGGCAAUCCUUCAAAUCGGGGAAGAGGAAGAUACGGGCCCUAUGGAUGAAUAGCAUAACAGUUGUCUUGAUCCUGAGGAUCGAGAUACUUGUUUAAUAAGAAAGUUUAUAAGAGACAUUGAUAUUUAAUAAGUGGCAAGUAGUUACAGCUUGCUGUUGUGAAUAAUAAAACAUUGCAGCAUCGAUGAGUUAAUAUAUGUGUGAUAAUAUCUAAACGAUAUAGUUUGCUGAUUUGGUACGAAUUCAGAUACGUCGAUAAUACUUUGAUUUUAUCAUUUGUGUA